AUGAUUUAGUCUAAAAUGAUAGAAAAAGAAGAAGAACUACUUUGUUCUUUAAAACAUAAACUUCCUAUCUCAAUGGUUGCAUGUGAGAAAAACUUAAAGAGGAAUCAAAGACUUCUAUGUCAUGAAUGCAUGGAAAAUUUAGAAUCAAAAACCCAAUUAAUGAGUUUUAAGAAAGCCUAAUAAACUAUCCACGAUAAUCAAAAAUAAAAGAAAGAAUCUGUUGAGAAUGUGAUAAUGAUUAGCAUCAAACUGAUUGAAGAACUCUAAAAAAAUCUAUUUUAAUUAAAAUUUAAUGUUGUUCAAUAAUUAGAUUAAUUAAUUGGAAAUGUAGAUGAAUGGAUCAAAUAUGUAUUAAUGAUUGGAUAAUAAAAUGUUACUUAUAGUUUUUAUGAUGAAUUGGACAAACUAAUUAGCGACAAAAAGCUGGAUUAAUUUAAUCCCCAACCAUUAAUUGAUCAAAUUCAUUAAAUUAACAUGUCAUGGAAUCAAAAAAGUGAAAAUGAAUUAAACUAAUUUUAAUCAUUUUAACAUAGCCAAAAAUGUAAAGAAAUAUUAAAAAAGCUAAAAAAUAUAUAAGAAAAAAAUGAAAAUAUUUAAGAAUAAAUAUUAAAUUAAGUAAAGUGUAUUAAUUUAUUAUGUAGAAAUAAGAGGAUGUGAUUUAAGUUGAGAAUGAAUAGAAGUAAUUAGAAUAAUAAUUGAUGAUGUAUAAAUAAGUUCAGUUUUAAUUAAUUGAUGAUUCAAAUUAAUAGAGUUCAUGGUGUUAAGCUAUGGUGUUCAAUAAAGAUGGAUCAAUUAUAAUUACAGCUAAUUCUAAUAUAAUUCAAAUCUGGAAUUUUUAAUAAGGAAGAUUUAAAUUAUCUAAUUCUUAUAGAAGACAUACUAAUCCUAUUUAUUGUUUGGUUUAUAGCAAAAAGACAAAUAACUUUAUUUCUGGUUGCUCUUAUUAUAAAAUUAUCUCUUGGCAAUAAUUUAAUCAAAAUGUAUGGAUAAGCUCAUCACCAUUUGAAUAACAUAGUGGUUGUGUUAAUUGUUUAAUAUUAAAUAAAUAGGAGGAUCAACUUAUUUCAGGAGGGAAUGAUCAUAAAAUAAUAGUAUGGUAAGUAGAUUUUAUGAAGAAUCAUCUGACUUAUCUGUAUUCAUUAGAUAAUCAUAGUCAUAGUGUUUUUUCACUCAGUUUUAAUGAAUCUGAAACUUUAUUGGCAUCAUGUGGUUAUCAUGAAUAUAGAAUAUGGGAGAAAGGAUUAUAAGGAUAAUGGGAAUUAGGAUAUAAAUAACAAGUUUAAGCAGGAUAUAAAAUACAUUUCUUAAAUGAUUAUUAAUUCAUUUGGGUAACUAAAGAUAAAAAAAUUAAUGAUAUUUUACUCUUUGAAUUUUAGAAUGGAGUCUUUAAAUAGAAUUCAAAUAAAACUAUUAGUUUAAUUAACAAUGAUGAAUGUUAUGAUUAUUUCUUUUUCCCAAUUAUACAUAAUAAAGAUAGAAAUGUGAUAUUGAUAAGACACAAACAUCAUAUCUAUUUGAUUAGACAAUUAAACGAUGGCACAUUUAACAUUCUUGCAUCAUUAAAUUGUUAAACUCAUGAAUCUUAUGGAACUAUGACCAAUAAUGGGUAGUAUUUAGUAUUUUGGGAUAAUGAACAUAAAAAAUACUCAUCAUAUGAAAUAUUUUAUAAAUGA